CGUUGCUCAUUGUACGGUGUUUUCUUCUUUUCUUUCUUUUUCGCUGCCACUGCUGCUGCUUCUUCUUCUUUUUUGGGGCUGCUGCACUUGUAACUUUUGUACUAAACAACUACAACACAAAUAUCAAUCUACGUUUCUCUUGUGCUUGUUAUUGUUGUUUUGCUUGCUCCCUUUGUGCUGCUGCUGGUGUUGUGUUGUUGUUGUUGGGUCUUAUGCUUUUUUUAUUUGCUUUGAUACGACAACGGAACGGGAUGAUGAUGUUUUUAUUGUUGGUGGUGUAUGUGUUGUGAUAUUUUUUGGGGUCAUUUUAUUAACAAUUGUGUAUAAAAAAUUGCAUAUACAAAAAAAAAUAUAUAAUUCAUUUGAAAGUUUAAAGAAUUUUGUUAAAAAAGGAGAUAAAGUUAUACAGAUUUACAUAUAACGCAUAAGAGGCAAACAAGAAAAUUACAAGGAUAAUAUUGAGAAAAAAGUUGCAAACAAAAUAAAAACAAUAAAAUACCUAUUAAACUACUAGUAACAAAGGAAACACAACAACAACAAAAUGGGCACAAGGGAAGAUGAAUAUGAUUAUUUAUUCAAAGUUGUACUAAUUGGUGAUUCUGGUGUCGGUAAAAGUAAUUUACUCUCACGUUUUACGCGCAAUGAAUUCAAUUUGGAAUCGAAAUCAACGAUUGGUGUGGAGUUUGCCACACGUAGUAUAGAGGUUGAUGGUAAAACAAUUAAGGCUCAGAUAUGGGAUACAGCUGGUCAAGAACGUUAUCGUGCUAUUACUUCAGCUUAUUAUCGUGGCGCUGUUGGUGCUUUGCUUGUAUAUGACAUUGCCAAGCAUUUGACAUACGAGAAUGUCGAUCGGUGGUUGCGAGAAUUACGUGAUCAUGCCGAUCAAAAUAUUGUUAUUAUGUUGGUGGGUAAUAAAUCGGAUCUAAGACAUUUAAGAUCCGUACCCACGGAUGAGGCGAAAUUAUUUGCCGAACGUAAUGGCUUAAGUUUCAUUGAAACUUCAGCGUUAGAUUCUACUAAUGUUGAAACUGCAUUCCAGAAUAUACUCACAGAAAUUUAUCGUAUUGUUUCUCAAAAACAAAUACGUGAUCCUCCGGAAGGUGAUGUUAUUCGUCCUGGCAAUGAUGUACCCAUUGAUAUUAAGCCGACUGUUACUAAUGAUGUACGCAAACAGUGCUGUCAGUGACCGCCUUAUAGCUGCCCCCACAACAACAACAACAAUUAUUACACCUUUAAUCAACAACAACAACAGAAACACGCUAAAAGCCCAUGUUAUCUUUUAAAUAUAAUUUCCAUUAUUAUUCUCUAAGAAGCUGUUAUUUAGUGUGACAACAACUAUGAAAACAAAAACUACAACAACAAUCCAACUAUAAUAAUCCACAACAAAAGCUUUCUUAUAAUGUAACAUCCUUUUUGAAGGCUUUAAAACAAAAUAAGAAACAAAAAAAGCUUCUUUUUUU